AUGACCUACGAGCAGUGUGCGCUGCUAAGGGACCAGACGAGGGCCGAUCCGAGUGGCAAGGCCGACAAGGUCGAUCAAGCCGCUCAAACGACCCCUCCUCGUAAUUUAGGAGGGGUGAGCAAAAAAGACGCUCCAGAGUCCGACCCGAAGAUAAGCGCUUCAAAGAGGAGACAGCCCGGCGACAUAGACGUACCAACUACCAAGCGUCGUAACGUGGCCAGUGGGCCCAAGAGGGUCGCACAGAAGCCCACCGACCAGAGUACGCGGGCUACAGGCGAGGGCUGGCAACAAGUGACGGCCAGAAAAAAAAAGAACCGCACACUGCAAAUCCGUAGAGGGAAACCGGACGCCAUCGUUAUAGCUGCGACCGGCAAGCUCUCCUACGCUGAAAUGCUGCGUAAGGUCAAAGGCGAGCCCAAACUGAAGCAGCUAAAUGAAGUGGUCCACAAAAUCAAGAGGACACAGAAAGGCGACCUACUGCUGCAACUGGACAAAAACGGAAAGAAAACGGAAGAGCUGAAGAAUGCAGUGAGCUCCCUGCUAGGGGACCAGGCGGCAGUAAGAAGCCUGAAGCAACGCGGUACAGUCGAAUGCAGGGAUGUCGACGAAAUCACCUCAAAGAGGGACAUUUGCGAGGCCAUAAAGAGCCAAUAUGGGCUGGCAAAGGCAGAGGUAGUUGGCCUGAGAAAGGCCUACGGCGGUACGCAAACGGCAAUAAUCAGCCUGUCGCAAGAGGAAGCCAACAAGCUGCUAGCUGGUGGCAAAUUAAGAGUAGGCUGGGUGGUGUGCCGACUAAGGGAGCACAGAGCACUGGUGAAGUGUUACCGCUGCUUGGAAUUCGGACACAUUGCCAAGCAAUGUAAAGCAAUAUGCGACCGCUCAAAGGUCUGCCGACGAUGCGUAGAGGAUUGGCACAUCGCAAAAGUGUGCUCCAAAGAUCCCCUGUGCUUUUCUUGUAAAGGCGUACCAAAAGCUGACGCUAAACACGUAUCGGGGAGCAGUAAGUGCCCGUUAUUCAAACGAGCUUUAGCUGCUAGAGGACGCAAAUGA